CUCUCGGGUUCACAAUACACACCAGGGCUCUUCUCAGCUCACCUGCUAGACUGGUGUAUUUGUCAGUCUCUCUGUCUCUCUCAGGAGGACUCCUCCUCAUACACACACUUUUAAGGGACUUUGGUGUCUCUCUGGCACCGUAGAACUCCUACCCGUUUCUUUGCCCUUCACUGGUCAUCAUUCCUGCGUACGGGGAAAACUUGGCACUGGCGGCCCGGAAGAUUCUCCUGGGCGCCACCGCCAUAAUGCUUCUCAUCAUUUUGGUCGUACUCAUUCCGGUCUUGGUGAGCUCGGUGGGCGGAAACGAGGACGGAAGCCACUACGAGAUGUUGGGCACCUGCCGCAUGGUCUGCGAUCCGUACUCGGACAAGGGCACGGGCACCGUCGCAACGGGAAUCAGCUCAGUGCCAGGCAACGAUGGAGCCGCGACGCGCAUCCAAGCCGAGGCGGAGCCACUAAGUGACCACAGUGUGAGCCCGCCACUUCCAACGUACAUCCACGGCAGGCCGGGGAAACCUGGAAAACCUGGCCCACCCGGACCACCAGGAGAGCCCGGUCCUCCAGGUCCGAUCGGUCCACCGGGAGAAAAAAGCAUGAUGGCAGGUGCUGGCAUUGGGAGCUUUAAUACAGGUCCACGUGUGGCAUUCUAUGCUGGUCUACGAAACCCACAGGAGGGCUACGAGGUCUUGAGGUUUGAUGAUGUAGUCACCAACAUUGGCAACAAUUACGAUGGCGCAUCAGGGAAGUUUGUGUGCAAGGUGCCCGGGACAUACUUCUUUACCUACAACGUGCUAAUGAGAGGCGGUGACGGGACCAGCAUGUGGGCAGAUCUUGUCAAAAACGGGCAGGUGAGGGCAAGUGCUAUAGCCCAGGACCAGGACCAGAGCUACGAUUACGCCUCAAACACAGUGAUCCUGCACCUGGACCCUGGAGACGAGAUCUUCAUCAAGCUGGAUGGUGGCAAAGCACACGGUGGAAACAGCAACAAAUACAGCACCUUCGCGGGCUUCAUGCUUUACCCUGAUUAGUGAAGUUGAGGCUGAAGGUCUGUGAUUCUUAAAAAGGGAAGUUUGGUGAUUUGAAAGAAAACGGGGCAACUUCGCGCUUAUCUUCAGAUUAUUAAGUAAAGAUUAGGGCUAAGUCCAUUUGGGUUGACCAAAAUGCUUAUUAAGGAGCAAUUUUUAUUAUUAUUAUUAUUAUUAUUAUUAUUUAUUCCAAAGUUUUCAAUGUAUUAAUCAAUACAUAGUGUGAUUUGCAUAAGUAUUUACCCCCAUCCCCCUUUACUUUCCCACGUUUUGUAUUGUUGCUUGUCCUGGGUCACCUGCCCAGUUUCGAUGAGCCGGUGUCCACUGUAGCUUGAGGUGCUUUUCUGCUCAUCACAGAGUGGUUAUUUGAGUUACUACAGCCGUUCUGUCAACUCAAAUCAUUCCUCAUUGCUCUCACUCAAUAAAAUGUCUGACUCCUGACAGCUAACUACUGUAGAAUGGAGGUUUGCUGUGGCAUGUCUGCUUCAGGAUUUAAUAUGUUGUGCAUGUUGAGAUGCGUUUGUGAUGCCCACCAAAACAUUUGCGCAAAACAUAAUAAUGUACAAGUUGAAAAAAUGGGUAACUCAAAUAACUAGUCUGUAGAAUGGUGGUGAUCACAAAUGCAUCUCAAAAAGCACAACAUGUUUUGCUGUUAUGACAUUAAAUUGACAAAUUAGUUCCAUUUCUUUUCCACGUUCCACAAACGUCCUUCAAGGGUGAAUACUUAUGCAACACAUUGUAAAUAUUUUGGUUCUACUUCUAAUGCGUAAAAAAAGGAUUAUGUUGUAACUACAUGAACUCAUGUGAGACAGGACCAAGAUGCAUUUAGUGAUUUUCUCAAAAUACUGUGUUUGUACAAGUCUCUUGUAUCGUUCGAAUUUGCCGUGAUGUGUCAUGUGUAAUAAUCGCUCAUGUUAUCCAAAACUUUAUGAUUCUGAAUUCAACGUGGAAUAAAACCAACCCGAUCCUGGUGUUUAAACCUGAAACCAUAGUGUGAAAUUAUAUCUGUACUGAGUCUGUGAAAAGGUGAACCUACCUCUGAAGUGGUAUAGUUAUAGCAGAAUUGUGGAUUUAAUCGUUAUGGAGGACGAUUUUCUCUAACAAACAGCUCCCGAGAUGGAAAAGAUUAAUUUAAAUUCCAAUCAGGACUUCGCUCCGAGAUAGAAACAUGG